AUGCUUGCGGAAAAUGAGCCAGAGUGGGUGUCGGAGGAGGUGAAAACUGGGACAACUAUCAUUGCUAUCGAGUUUGACGGUGGGGUCGUGCUGGGGUCUGAUUCACGAGUCUCUGCAGGGGAGACAGUGGUGAACAAAGUGAUGAAUAAACUGUCCCAACUCCAUGACAAAAUCUACUGCGCGCUUUCAGGCUCGGCUGCAGACGCACAGACCAUCGCAGAGAUCGUGAACUAUCAGCUGGAUGUACACAGUAUGGAAAUUGAUGAAGACCCGCCAGUUCUGUCUGCUGCCACUUUGGUCAGAAACAUCUCAUACAAAUAUAAAGAGGAGCUAUCAGCACAUCUGAUUGUGGCUGGGUGGGACAAAAGGAAAGGAGGGCAGGUAUACGCAACACUCAAUGGUCUCUUGAGCCGUCAGCCCUUUGCUAUUGGAGGAUCUGGGAGUGCGUAUGUGUAUGGAUUUGUAGAUGCAGAAUAUCGAAAAGACAUGAGCAAAGAGGAGUGUCAAAAGUUUGUUCUUAACACCUUGUCUUUGGCAAUGAACAGAGAUGGCUCCAGUGGAGCGGCCCUCUCACUGUUCGUCCUUGAAGAAGUCACACCGCUGCUGCUUCGCUUCAUCUCUACGCUCAGCCUACUCCCCGCUGUGUACGAGACCGGGACCAAACUGUUUUACGAUGGCUUCAGCGAGUGCGGAGUCUCGUCGGAUUGGUGGUGCUGGCUCACGGGCACCGGAGCCUCAGUGGCCGCUGCGCUGUUUUGGGAAAUCACCAUCCCGGACGCAGAGGAGGAAGAAUCUGAUAAAAAGACGAAACAAAAAUCCAGAGUUUUGUUCAUGAGGGUCCUGUGGCUGUUCAAACCUGACAUUCUGCUGUUACUGGGCGGCUUUGUCUUCUUAUCAUUAGCCGUGCUCUGUGAGAUCACGUCCAGACUGUCCAAAGACACCAAGUCAAUGGGAAUGACUGUGUGUUUGAAUGUCAAUGUGCUGCUGAGGACCUUUGUGAAAACUGUGGGCAUGAUCUCCCUCAUGAUGAGUCUCUCUUGGAAGCUCACGUUCCUGGUGUUGAUGGAGACGCCUGUAGCUGCAGCCGUACAAAAAGUGUAUGACACUUACUAUCAGAGACUAUCUUUGGCUGUACAAGAUGCUAUGGCACAUGCAAAUGACACAGCAAAUGAGGUGGUGUCGAAUAUCCACGUCGUGAGAAGUUUUAACGCUGAGAAACAUGAGGCAAAACGUUAUGACCAGCGUUUAAAAACCAUUCACGAUCUCAAGACCCAGCGAGACACUGUGAGAGCGAUCUACCUGCUUGUCCGAAGGUUGACUGGACUGGGCAUGCAGGUCAUGAUGUUUUAUUAUGGAAGGCUGUUCAUUCAAAGGGGACAGAUGACGGCCGGUAACCUGGUGUCUUUCAUAAUGUACCAAUCGAACCUGGGAGACAACAUCAGGACUCUCACCUAUAGCUUUGGGGACAUGCUGAACUCUGUCGGCGCUGCAGGGAAGGUGUUUCAAUAUUUGGACCGAAAGCCUAAGGUCAGCACGGAAGGAAGGCUUGCUCCGGAUCAGCUUCAGGGACACAUCCAGUUCAAGAAAGUCAACUUUGCCUACCCGUCCUGCCCCAACAAACCUGUGCUGCAGGACUUUACGUUGGAGAUGAAACCAGGACAGAUCACAGCUCUCGUCGGGCCGUCAGGUGAGGGAAAAAGCACAUGUGCAAGUCUGCUGCAGCGAUUUUACGAACCUCAGAGUGGAGAGAUUUUGCUCAACAACGAGCCACUAAAGUCCUACGAUCAUCAUUUCCUUCAUAAAAAGAUAGUGGUGGUGAGCCAGGAACCGGUUCUCUUCUCUGGUUCAAUCACAGACAACAUUUCUUAUGGGCUAAAAGACUGCACGGACAAAGAAAUCCAGGAGGCAGCUCAAAAAGCCAAUGCACACGACUUUAUCAUGCAGCUAGAGAAAGGAUACAACUCAGAGGUGGGGGAGGGUGGAGGUCAGCUGGCGAAGAGUGAGAGACAGCGCAUUGCCAUCGCCCGAGCUUUGGUGCGUCAGCCUCAAGUGCUCAUUCUGGACGAAGUCACCAGUGCUCUGGAUGACGACAGUGAAAGGAAGGUUCAGCUGGCCCUGAAUCAGUGCCCAAACCAAACGCUACUAGUGAUUGCUCACAGACUGAAAACUAUCGAGAGGGCGGAUCAGAUUGUUGUCAUCGGCAACGAUCGAGGGAGACCGCGCAGCGGGAGCGGAAGAACCUGGCGUACUGACUCUGGUUCCGGGCUGAAUCUAGAUUUAACUCAAUCCGGAUCCAUCCCGAUGGAUAUGGCUCUAAACUCGCUCCACGACAGCUCCCUCCUCGGGGUUGAGGUUGGCAUAAUGGGAAUUACAACGAUGGAGCAGAGUUCCGGCACAGCUGGGAAGCGAAUCAGGAAGCCCUCGCUGCUUUACGAGGGCUUUGAGAGUCCCGGGCUGCCUGCUCUCAACCAGAUGACCCCAUCUGGACCCCCCCAGCCCCCAAUCAAAGACCCAAAUCGACAGGGAAGGAUGACAAAUCAGCUCCAGUUUCUACACAAAGUGCUUCUGAAGUCUCUCUGGAGACACCACUUUGCUUGGCCCUUCCAUGAACCGGUUGAUGCUGUCAAGCUCGGUCUACCUGACUAUCAUAAAAUAAUUAAGACUCCAAUGGACAUGGGUACCAUAAAGAGAAGACUGGAAAAUAAUUACUACCGCAGUGCAAGUGAAUGUAUGCAGGAUUUCAAUACAAUGUUUACCAAUUGCUACAUAUAUAACAAGACGACAGACGAUAUUGUGCUCAUGGCACAGUCUCUGGAAAAGGCGUUUUUGCAACAAGUGGCAAAGAUGCCUCAAGAGGAACAAGAGCUGGCCCCUCCCACUCCCAGAAACAAACAAAGCAAAGGUGGCAGAAAAGGACGGGGCUCAGCAGUGCCAGGAGGAGUAACUACUGCUCAUCAAGUCCCUGCUGUGUCCCAGUCAGCCUACUCUCCUCCCACUCCGGAGACCCCUGACUCUGUCCUCUCCACUCCCCCCCAGAUCCUCCUCACUAAAAUUCUUCCUGAACAGAGUGCUCCUACAAUCACAGGUCUUCUCCCCACACAGCCCACAACAAAGAAAAAGGGCGUGAAGCGGAAAGCCGACACGACCACUCCGACUACAGUCGCAAUGCCACUCAUGAGCUCGCUGGGUGUCAGUGCCAUGGGACUGGGACUCUCUGGACACGAAUCCCCACACACCCUCGCCUCUCUGGGCAUGAGCAUAGACCCUGCCACCGCUCUCGGCAUGGGGAUGGGGAUGGGAAUGACGAUGACCCAUGCCGGGGUUAUGAUGGGAACCAAGGGGGCUUCUGGAGGGCGGAGGGGAGUCAGUGGGCGACCCAUAAAACCUCCAAAGAAAGACUUGCCUGAUUCAAUGAUCGCUGCUCCUGUACGUCGCAGUAAACUUGGCCCUCAGCUCCGUUACUGCAGCGGCGUGUUGAAGGAGCUGCUGUCCAAGAAGCACGCAGCGUACGCAUGGCCCUUCUACAAACCAGUGGACGCGGCACAACUCGGGCUCCACGAUUACCACGAAAUCAUCAAACAACCGAUGGACCUCAGCACCAUCAAGAGGAAAAUGGACGGUCGAGAGUACAGAGAGGCACAGCAAUUCUCCGCUGACGUCAGACUCAUGUUUUCAAACUGUUAUAAGUACAACCCUCCAGACCAUGAUGUUGUCUCCAUGGCCCGAAAACUGCAGGAUGUGUUUGAGUUCUGUUUUGCAAAAAUGCCCGAUGGCCCCCCGACUCUUCAGAGCUCCUCGUCGUCGUCAUCCUCCUCGUCUUCAUCGUCGGAGAGCGAGAUGAGCAGCGAGAGUGAGGAGAGCGACAGCAGCCCGUCCUCAGACUCCGAGGAGGAACGAGCAAACAGACUGGCAGAGCUGCAGGAACAGCUGAAAGCCGUGCACGAGCAGCUCACAGCGCUCUCCCAAGGCCCCAUCAUAAAGCCCAAGAAAAAGAAAGAGAAAAAGGAAAAGAAGAAGAAGAAAAAGGGUGAUAAGGAGAAACACCGCAGACAGGAGGAGGAGAUGGUGACCAUCAAACCAGCGAAGGCACCAAAACUUUCCAAAACCCCAAAGAGCAAAAGCAGCAAAGGCCUGAAUUCCACUGCGUCUGGAAAGAAGUCUGCAAAGAAGACCAGCAAGAACAAGUCUAAAAAGACGGCGCCGAUGGUUUUCAAUGUGCCGCCCUCUGCCCAUGAGCCGUUCAUCGGUCACUACGACUCUGACGAGGAGGAGGACACGGCUCCCAUGUCCUACGACGAGAAGCGGCAGCUCAGUCUGGACAUAAACAAACUCCCAGGAGAGAAACUCGGCCGUGUUGUUUACAUCAUUCAGUCACGAGAGCCGUCACUCCGCGACACGAAUCCAGAGGAAAUAGAGAUAGACUUUGAGACGCUGAAACCGUCGACGCUGCGGGAGCUGGAGCGCUACGUCAUGACCUGUCUGAGGAAGAAGCCACGGAAGCCUUACGCGAGUAAAAACAGCGCGGGCAAAAGUCGAGAGGAGCUGGUUCUGGAGAAGCAGCUGGAGCUGGAGCGGCGGCUUAUGGACGUCAGCGGACAACUGAACUCUGGGAAGAAGCCGGUCAAAACCAAACCGGACAAACCGGCCACAGAGUCUCACACACAGCCCUCUCGUCUCAGCGCCUCCUCUUCAUCCUCAGACACUUCCUCUUCCUCCUCAUCCUCGUCCUCAGAUACCAGUGAGUCGGACUCCGGCUGA